AUGAAACCCCAGACGGUACUCCAGGCGCUGCUAAUCGCUCGAGUCUCUGGAGUCUCUGGGGAACCCUUGACUAAUUUGACCUCAAGCGGAGAGGGUGACCCGAGGGUACUGAAGAACCGUGGAGGAUGGGUUAACCCGGAGGACUUGGCGCCGAUGCCACAGUGUAUCGCGCAACAGGACCAGUCCGCCUGGCUGGAUGCCAUGACAAAGUGCACUCGCCAUCGUUGCACCUCGUACUUUAUCUUUUGCACGCACUACCAGUGGCUUACUGAACUGAGCUGUCUGAGCGCUGAGUUCUCACCCGGCAUUGUCAAGCGCUACAGCAAAUACUGUAGCAGAUCCGUCCUCGCCAAGGCACAACUUCAUCACUGGAUUUCGACGACAACCGGUAGAAAUUGGCUUGUCGACGUUGGAGACACCAACAACUUGCAAGGCCUUUCACCUAAAAGUCUGACCGACGGGUACACAUCCAUAGAUGUCGCCAACAAAACGCCAGCAUGUCUGAGAGAAACCCCUUCCGCCGGAACUAAAGAGACUUUCGACCAUGUCAUCAGCUCCUGCAGCUUCACAGCCACGACACAGCAUACAGGCAAUGCAGCUCGUCCAUGGGAAUAUAACCCCCGCCGAAACUCCAUGACAGCUCUCAGUUUCGACACCGCAAGCUACGACCUGACCAGCAGUCACAUUCCAGCGGGAGAGUAUUUCGACAAAGCCUGUUUUUGCAACACCUUUUCCAUGUCCCAGCACGAAGAACCAUGCUCGACAUCAAGCCUCAAGGAUCUCGAGGCACAGCGGCGAUGGAUGAACGAAACUUGCGGAUAUACGUGGCAUGAGCCGGCGGGCCUUCAACUCCGUGACAUGAUCCCAUGGCGAUGGAGGAUCUACCCAAGAUCCCCGAAUGGCGAUGCGCAAUGCCCAUCCAAUGAAUGGAAGCUGAUGAGUAUGGGCUUGAUCAAUCUGGUGACUUUCUUUGCUAUACUACACGCCAACAAAACACGGCAGACGAACGUCACCAGUCCCCCCCCUCUUUUCUACAAUCCUGCGAGAUGGAUCUUGGGAGGAGUUCUUCUCGGUUGCAUCCACCUGCUCGCCAAUUUAGCCAAUGCAGCUAUCAUCCAGUUCACCCCUGGCUACGAAGAUAUUCCUGCCGUACAGCUCAUGUUGCUUUGGUGCUCACUCCCUCGCCUUAGUUGGCUUCCCAUCUCGUCUCACGGCACCAAGAACCCCGAAUCUCAGGACAUGACCUCCUCAAUGUCUGCAAUGUUUGCGGAAGCGAUUCUCCAAGCCUUCUCAUUCUAUCACAUGUGUUUGACGGUGAACUAUGGCCGAAUUCACGACUUUUACUUCGGAGCUUUGUUAAGAGCGGCAAGAUCACCAUUUGCUGCACUGAUGUUUGGCGGUGCACUUGUAUGGCUGUUCGUUGUAGCUAUGAUGGCUGUACCUGUCAUCCGGACGAUACGAACUCGCGACAAGCCUGAUGAGAAAGAAGGUGGCGAGUCGGACGGGGGUGCAAAGGAGGAGGAAUGUCUGUUGCCAAAGUCACGAACGUGGUCUGAAGGGCACAACUAUGGCACCCUUCCAGCCGAGAUGGGGUCUCUUGCUCCAUCUAUGAGACGCCAUUCACGACUUCACAUGGUCCUCGCAAUGGGAGUACCCCUCCUUUGGGCUGCUCAAUGGCUAUUCUGGAUCGGAUUUAUUGGCCUGAGCUCCAAUGAUUUCUGCCUCCCGUCACUAAAAACUCUGACUGGAGUUUGGCUUGCCUCAUCUGUAGGAAGCGUGACUAUUAGAUCUUAUCUGUAG